GGUCCAGGCCGGGGACUGUCCCAGGAGGAGCUGGGGGGCUGGGAUGCUGCGGGGCCCCCCCCACCGCUGGGUGGCGACAUGGAGACAAGACAGAGUGCCCCCCAAGAGAAGGAAACACAGCACAGGAGGCAACGCCAAUGACGUCACCACCUCGGUGCUCGACCCUGAAGGGACCCAAGUGUCUGAGGAAGAGGGCUGGGCGACCCCCCAGAGCACCUCAUCUUCGGAAACCUGGCAAUCCUCCUCCCCCGACCGCCCCCACGUGGACAGCUCUGGCUGCGGGGUUCCCUGCUCCCCUGGCCCUGCGGACACAGGCGUCCGGGCGGGGCUCACCGAGCCCUGCACCAGGCCUGAGUGUGAGAGGAUGCGGCAGGAGCUGGAGGCGCUGAGGGACCGAUACGCCAAGGUGGAGGCUCAGAACGCCGUGCUGGCCCAGAAACUCGGGGGCGAUGUGGAGCCGCCCGGGGAGACAGAGAGUGAGUCCGUGCGGCCGGAGCCUGGGCUCUUUGAGGACCCUGCAGUACCUCGGAAAUAUGGGAUGCAGGAGCUGGUGCCAGGAGGGGGCGUGUUCCUCUACCCCGCCCAGCUGGCCCUGGCCCGCUCCAGCGCCCGCAGCCAGACGGCCCUGGCCCGGCUGCUGCUCGACGUCUUCUUCUCCCGCCAGGAGCAGGCACGGAGCAACCUGUCCGGGGAGAACGGGCUGCGCCGCCUCAGCCCCCCCGUCGUCAGCGCCAUCGUGGCCUAUGCUGUGGGUCAGUCCCAGUUCCAGCCUAGCAGUGCUGCCGUCAUCAAGAACUCGCUGCGCAACAAGCUGGGCUGCCUGAGAGCCCCGUCCCGCCAGCAGGGGACCACCAGGGGGCGCCCUGCAGCCUGAGAGCCCCAUCCCACCAAGAGGGGUCGCCCUACGGCCUGAGAGCCCCGUCCCGCCAGCAGGGGACCACCAGGGGGCGCCCUGCAGCCCGAGAGCCCCGUCCCACCAACAGCGGGCGCCCUGCAGCCUGAGAGCCCCGUCCCGCCAGCAGGGGGCCACCAGGGGGCGCCCUGCAGCCUGAGAGCCCCGUCCCGCCAGCAGGGGGCCACCAGGGAGCACCCUGCGGCCUGAGAGUCCUAUCCUGCCAGCAGGGGGCCACCGGGGGGUGCCCCAUGGUCUGACAGCCCAUCCUGUGAGCAGGGGGCCAGCAGGGGGUGUCCUGUAGACUGAAAGCCCCAUCCUGCCACGAAGGGGUGCCCUGCAGCUGAGAGCCCUGUCCCACCAGCAGGGGCCCAGCAGGGGACACCCCACAGCCUGAGAGCCCAUCCCCCUAGCAGGGGGGCAGCAGGGGAACCCCGUGGCCUGAGGGCCCAUCCCUCCAGCAGGGGGGCAGCAGGGGAACCCCGUGGCCUGAGGGCCACGGCCUGACACCCCCUCCCUCAUCCCCCCAGCAGGGGAACCCCGUGGCCUGAGAGCCCGUCCCUCCAGCAGGGGGGCAGCAG